CAUGAUACGUCACAUGCUCGACACAUAUAUGCAUGUAUCUUCGUAUGUUGUUUAGCACUUAUCUGUGGAAGCUAAUAUUUGCCUAAUGGCGAAUGGAUGUAAAGACGUGUUAUUUACGCGGGGGAGUGGGCAGAGUGACGAUUCUGAUAUUUGGGACGAUACCGCCUUGAUAAAAGCCUACGAUAAAGCUGUUGCUUCAUUCAAGACUGCGCUGAAGGGUGAAGAAGUGCCUCAGUCUUCGGACAAAGUUGCCCUGGGAAAGAAACGAAAGAACAAUAAAAAGAAGAACAGCAGGAAACGCCCCAAUGCAACGACUGAUAAACAGUGGCAGGUUGGGGAUUCUUGCUGUGCCUAUUGGUCGGAGGACGGCCAACUAUACUCUGCUAACAUCUCCUCUUUGGAUGAGAAAAAGGGCACAUGCGUAGUUGUCUACACAGACUAUGGCAAUGAGGAGGAGCAGAACCUUGAAGACUUGCUUUCAGAGAUCUCUGAGGGUGAUGACGAAACCAUUACCAAGACACACGAGGUAGAAUCAUCAACAGAGGAGAGUGACAGCAGGUCAACAGAACCAAACCAUCUCAAACAGCAGCUACAUAGUAAAACCCAAAAGGCCAAAGACUACAAAGUUCCUCCCCCUAUGUGGGGUCCGGGAUUCCCACCCAACCUACCUCCCAUGCCACCAUUUAGACAGGGUGGGAAAAGGCAAUCUGGUGGUGCUGUACCUCCCCCCUGGCAUCCCAUGAUGCAAUUCAGCCCACCAAUGAUCCCUCCACCUCCACCUAUGAGUCCAGACAUGGGGGAUGAUGAGGCCAUGGGCAGCAUGCUCAUCUCCUGGUACAUGAGUGGAUAUCACACAGGCUACUACUUGUUAAUCCUUUCCAGGGUUUAAAGCAAGGACGGAAAGAAGCUUCCAAAUGGACAAAACCGCACCAAAAAUGAUGGGAUCUAGGAAAGAUUUCAGUUAUUGAGCAUUCAUUUGAGUGAGGACAGUUUUGUAUUCUCUGUACAUAGAUUAAAUAAAGGAUAUUAA